AGAGUCCAAAGUUGUCGCACUGUACGAUGGGCUCAUUGAGUUCGUCAUUCUCCGUGUACAUGUAAGUGGAAAGGUUAGUACCUCCAAAAUCGGCUGUAUAAAUGAAGAAUUCGACUGUGACACAACAUACAUAAGUACUAGACCCAGCUAACAGGAAUUGCCAUGGCCUCCGAUUCGAGUGUGAUGCGUGCCGUGGGCAUUCAGCAACUUGGCGAUGCCAGCGUUCUGCAGGACGUGACGCUGCCCAAACCGACUGCCACAGCUUGGGACGUGGUAGUGCAACUGAAAGCGUGCGCCGUGAACCCGGUCGACUGGAAGUUGCGCGCUAGCAAUUUGGGGAUGCCCUUCCCGGAGAACGAGACGAAGGUGCUCGGCUACGACGGGUCGGGAGUUGUAGUUGAGUGUGGGGAGAACGCAUCCCAAAAGUUCAAGACCGGCGACGAAGUCUUCUUUGCGGGGAACUGCCUGCGCAACGGCACGAACGCAGAUUUCUGUGCGGUGGACAGCCGCUUGAUUGCGAAAAAGCCACAGUCCUUGUCCUUUGAACAGGCUGCGGCCUUUCCACUCGUCGCGAUCACCGGCUGGGAAAAUUUGUGCGAAAGCGCUGGAAUUGACAAGGCGAAGAAAACAGUUUUGAUUCUCGCCGGCGCGGGCGGGUGCGGCAGCUUCGGCAUUCAGCUUGCCAAGCUGUACGGCUGUACGGUGGUCGCAACCGCGUCGAGUCCCGAAUCGGAGAAGUGGUGUAAAAACCUGGGCGCAGACUACGUAAUCUCCCACAGCGGGGGGAAGACCCUGUUGGAAGAGCUGAAGGAAAAAACGCCUCUGUCCGCGGUGGACGUCGCUUAUGUGUGUCACGAUGACAAAAGGUAACUGACGAGUGUUCUUCGUGUAUUGCACAUAAAGAUAAACAAUUGACUUCUCCUUCCGCGUUGCCUCUGUUCUUUUCGUUUUGGAUUUCUAGAUGGUUACGAUCUUCAAGAAUUUCAUCUAGACUACGAAACUGAAGAAAAACAAAACUUUUCUCCAGAUAUUCGUCCGAAGUGACGGCGGUGGUUGGUGCGAUGGGGGUGAUUUGCCCGGUGGUGACGUUUUUUCCCGACGAAGGAACCUGCAUGGACAUGUACCUGAACCGGAAGAGCCUCUGCUACGGCAUGAUGUUCUGUCGCGGCAUUCACGGCAAGCAACCGGAGAAGCAAGGGGAACUGCUGGAGAAAGUGGCGAAAUUCAUCGACGAAGGCAAGUUGAAACCCAUCGCGACGGAAAUCUUGUCAGGCGGGCUAUCCGCCGAGACGUUCCGAAAGGCGCACGAUCUGCAAGAGUCGGGGCACAUGCGCGGAAAAAUCGUCGUGCCGUUUGCCUAAAGAAGUUGGCGCCAUGAUUUGAGGACUUGACCACAUUGACACUGUGCUGCUUCAAAAUAAUGACAUAUCUACCUCGGUAGAUCCUUUUCGUGUAGUAACUGGGAUUUGGGGUCCCCCGUUCGCACUAUAUCGGCUGGCAGAUCCGUAGAAGCUAUUGCACGUUUGCGAUCUCCUCCCCUAGAGUGGGGAGGAGCGAUGUAGAGUCAUCGAUAUGUGCGUCUGGGGGACGUAGGUUUAGGUGAAUUUUUGCCCUUUUGUUCUACACCGAAGUAGGUGGCGCCAGUGAGGGCAUCCCCCAGCGGGGGGAGUUUAUUCCUUUUUUCUCACCAUAGAGGGUGGCCCCAGCGGGGGCAGUUUAGCGUGGGCGCGAAAGCCAUUGUGAGUUAGGGCCAGCAAGGCCACAGCAGGUUGCUACGAUUUCUUUUUCAAUCCAUGUCUUCGUAGAGACAUGGAAGUUUUCUGAUACUCAUGCUUCAACUGCGCGGCAGGUGAGUACUUGUCUUUGAAGAGCUUGAGGCUCUGUUUAUUUUUGCUCAAAUGAAGGAAGGUCUUCAAAAACAAAGGAUACGCGCUCAGAGUGUUAGAUCGGAAAUUGGAUCCGACAGUGUGCGGAAUGUUAGAUGUAGGGCUCGGGUAGCUAGGUCGCUUCUGAGGCCCCGCGCCAAGUCAACCUUUCUCUCUUUCUCUUCUACUACCAGGCUGCUGUAGUGCUUUUGAGGGCAGAUAGUGGUCCGUUCCUUUCCAGAUCUAAGUCUCAGUAGGUGCCGUUAGGGCGAUGUGUGGAUUUGUCUUACCUUGUCUAUCACAACUUUGAUUGCAAACAUGGCUCGGGGCCGCCCGCAUACGUAUUCAAUUAGAGGGCCAGCGCCCAGUGUCUUCGGGACACGUUCUCCGCAAUCUUCUCACGCAAGAGCAUGGCAGGCGUUCAAAGUGCAGAAAGGCCUGGAGCAGGCCCGGGAAGUUGGGAUUGCGGAUUUUCGACAGUUUGCCGCUUUUCUUUUGGCCCAGGGGUUUACCUCUGCGGCGGGUUACCUGUCUUCAGCAGUGACGCUAGAAGGGGAGGCGGGAAGAAUUAAAAACAUUUUAUUCCCCCGGCAGCUCCUCGGUCUGCAGCGGGCAAUCGGCCGGUACUUGAAAUCGCAGAACCUUCAACCGAAGAAGGCAACGCCCAUCUUUUUGGCUUCCCUGGGCCGUAUGACACAGCGGGAGAAAGAAAUUUUAGUAGUGGCCUCGGCGCUAGGGAUCCGUGGCGACACCCUGACGGCGAUUAGCCGCUCGCAGGUCUUCCUGCGUAGGCAGGGAGGUGUGACCCGGUCAGCAGCUUUGAUGGUCCGCAAGGACAAAACCUCGCAGCUACGCCGCAUGGAGGUGCUCUGCAUGUGUAAGAAGAGCCGGGUGAAUGUUUGCCCGGUGUGCUCAGUUGAGAACUGGGCCACGUUGUUUCCGAUAUCGAAGUGCGAGUUCAUGUCUGCCUGUAGGCUAGCCGAGACGAGUGGCCAUGGGCCACGUCGUACGUGUGCGAUCACGUCGCGCUUAGCAUGGAAUAGGAAGAAAGCCGCCAAAGCUCGGCAAAAGCUUGUGGCGGUGGUCUCCAAUAGGCAGGGCUGGUCUCUUCAGGCUAGGAGCCUGUCCUUUUUCGAAUACAGUGAUGACUUUGCGCGAUUCUCUGACCAGGAGCAGCAGCUUCUAUGCUGCUGGUCUCCGGAGGAGGACGACCUGGAGUGAACGCCUGGCGCAUUAUGUUUCAGCUCGAGCUACAGGCACUGCACAGCUGGAAACUUCCAAAUCGUUUUCUAAAAAACCAGAGUCCGCAUAGCGCAGAAAUAUAUUUGCUUCACUUUUGUCCAGUGGCGGUCUGUUCUAUUUCGUGCACGAGUCGCUCGGAAAUUGUUGCUACAUAAAUUUGUUGGUCCCAAAUCUAAAAUCUGUCAGAUCUUGAGCCCAGGGCUAGCCCGAUUUUUCUUGACAGAUACGAAAUGCGAGUGGUUGAGUAUGUUUAGGUCGGUAUGGGAAAAUCUUUGAUCGCAGCAGGAGACGCUGCUUGUAAAUGGGAUCUGGGCCCUCCCCCCCCCUCCCACUUUGGGUUCAGACCGGUUUCUUCUCGCUUAUUUUCCACGUACAGGGGACCACGUUAGAUACGAGCAAGUGUAUCUUGCCACUUAGUUCACAUUCACACUCACAUUGAGCAUCGCUUUUAGGUUCAGAUACAAGAUGCCCGCGAAAGCAAAAGCAAAGGCGAAGCACCCGGCCAAAGCUAAAGCUCCGGCCAAGCCCAAGGGGAAGGCGCCGCCCCACAAGGCGAAAGCGGUUAAGGCGGUCGCUAAACCGUUUGCGAAAGUGAAAGCCCCGCCGAUGGCGGCCCCCGAAGUUGAAGAAGAUGAGAUUUGCGCUGCUCUUCUCGCGGAGGAAGAGGGCGAGGCGGGUCCGGCCCGCAAGGGCCCGCCCCCGGUGAAGAAGCGGAAGGCCGUGCAAGAUUUUAGUGACAGUGAGGUCGAGGCCUUUGGGAUCUCGCGAUCCGAAUUAUUAGCGCACCAGCGGGAGCCUUCCCCACUUGAUUCGCUGUCCUCGGUAGAUGUGCCCGCGGAGAGCCUGGCACGAGCUGUGCUGGACUACAACGGUGUUAGGUCGCUCCACAUCUGCAGUAGCGUGGAGAUCAAGGCGCUUAAGGGCAUCAAGGCCCUCAAUGCUUCGGAGCGGGCCGAAGUGAAGAUGAUUUUGUCGUCCGCGCCUAAACAUAGAACCGCGCAGACGACUCGCUUCGGGAUUUUCUUUGCAGACCAUUUCACUGAACAGGCUUACGGGGUACGAGCGAAGAUUGAUGCUAGGUUGCCGCUCGAGGAUCUGGCGUCCUACUACAAAGCCGAAAAGGGGUCGCCUACCACUAACGUUAUGCUGAUUCGCAACACACAUAAAGUGCUCCGGAACUCCGACCUGGUUUCAGAGGCGGAGUUUCAUGAUUUGACUGCCCUGGGGGAGUCGCGCCGGCUGGAUCCGGCUCAGUACCGCGAUAUCCUGAACGGCGAAGUGCGCGGGGGCACACAGGGCUUCGGGGCCCGUGUCGUUGGGCAGAUUCGCUCUUUACAGAUCCCGGCACCGCCUAAACAACUCGCUCCACGUCCCCCGGGUCCGGGUCCUGCCCCGCCCGGGCGUGCUUCUUCCUCCGGAAUCCCUAAGGUCUGGGAUCCGGUGAGAGGUGAAGAAAUUUUGGCUACUACUUCCAACGUGGGGAUUGUUUGCCACGACUUUCUUCGUGGCCGCUGUAAUCGCGGAAGCAGCUGCAGAUUCCCGCACGUGUUGCGGUCUCCCUUUGUGAUAAAAGAUUUGAGAGGGGACGCGCAAGCGCCUCCGAAGUAGGCACUGCAGCAUGUGCAGUUUAGUUUUAGAGGUUGGCCCUCGCCUUCGGCCAAGUGGGUCCGUCGGCGUGUUGCUUUUUACUACUCCUACAUGAACAAAUCCAUGCUGGCCUGGUUGCUCUUGGAUUUUAGCUCCUAGCGAAAGCUUUGCUCUGUUGUGAGAACAAGAUGUGAGUGUGAUUGUUGUGAGUGGAAAUUAGAAACGUUCCGGGCCCCCUUGGCCUGGUACUUAUUUCGCGGUCUGGCGUGGCCAGGCUCGCGGGGUGUUCCCUUUGUUGCCCUCGGUCUACAUUGCUCCCUGCAUUCCGUCUCUGUUGAUUAGGUGUAGAUGCCGGUUAGAUUCCGAGAUCGGAGUGGUAGUUGUGCUCACGAGGUGUUUGUGAGCUGUUAACCUUCGGUCGAGAGGAGAGUGGCUCUUCACCCCCCGUGGGUUGUCUUUCAUUGUGUAGCAUAGACAUGCUCAGCGGUCGGUCUCGUGUUGCCACGGGGAUGAGGGUUGUUUGGCACUGGCGGUAACCAAUCCGUUACCCUUGCAAACUCACCUCCUUGGCGGCGCGGUACUUUGUGAUCGUUAUGCUCAUGCUCUUCUCACCCCUCAGUUCCCGUGCUGACACGAGACCGCGCCCAGGUUGGCUACUUAGUACACUCGCUUUUCUUGUUUUUCACAUUCUGGUGGUUUUUCUCUUGUCGCUUACACCACAGGGUGUGGGUGCUAUCUGGGCCCACCCCCCACACUCUACUGUGGAACCGUCGCGAGCGACGGUUUCGCCUUUUUCCUUUGAGGGAGAAUUUUACUUCCGUUUCACAGAGUCGCGCUCGCCAGCGUAGUGCAGCAUCAGAAUGGAGUCCUCGCCGGCUGACAAGGUUUCUGCCUUUCUCUCUCGGGUCCAGCGGGACCGGGACAGGUUUCUACCAGGUUUGUCGCAGGACAGGAGCCACCCGGCCUUUUCGGGUCGGCGACUGAUCUCGCGGCACAACGAACAGUGCCUGCGCGAAGGCCACAGCUCGUCCUUUGGGGAUUUCUCGGACCGGAUUCUGGCGGGCGUUUACUGGCUGGCCUGUGCCCGGGCGGACCCAGCGACCGUCUCUCGCUCGGAGCAGGUCUUGGCAGGUGGUUGGAAGGAUACCAGGCCAAUCCGGUCGAAGUUCAACUUCGGGGUUAUUGAGAAGAUUGGCAGAGAGUCUGCUUUUUCGGGUUUCUCGCAUGUAUGGCGGGUUUUAGCUUCCGGGGGGGAAUCGGUCGGCCCCACUGCGGCUCAAGACUUUUGGCCGUCGAAACUCAUGAAGGCGUCGGAGGGUGGACGUUUGCCCCCGGCCCCAACUACCGGCUCCGGUUCGGGGGACCUAGCAGCCUCGGUUGAGGGUGCGGAAAAUAUUUCGCGCCUGCGGCAGCGCAGCUCAUCGUGGAUGCCGGGUGAAGAUGUCAAGCACUGCUGGGAUACUACAAUCCAAGAAACCGAGGACGGCUGGCUCCAGGGUCCUUUUACCCUGGACGAAGCUUGGGAAAAGGGGGCGCGCAUCCUUCUGACUCGUUUUGCACACCAUGAGGCGGACAAGAUCCGCCUCUGCGACAAUGGUGUGCCUUUGAAUGUUUGCUCCGACAUCUCGUCGUCGAUGCCGAUUCCGUCGGUUCAUCAUGCUCUCGCCCUUGCUUCGAGCUCGGCGAUUUUACUAGAAGAAGGCGGCCCGCCGCGGGUUGACUUCUGGCGGGAUUUGCGGGUGUUUGACCAAGGGGGCAACCGGGCAGACCCCCUGGCCUGUGAAGAGUAUGAUUUUGAUCCUUUCCCGGAUGCCCGCCCGUCCGACCCGGGCUGGCGGGAGGUUGCUUGGGCGGCUUUGGACCACAUACCGAACUUCGACGCAGCGGAGGAUGGUGCGGACCCUGAGGGUGCGGGGCUCUGCCAGUGGGUUAUCGACAUUGCCAACGCUUACAAGAAUGUAAGCAUUUCGAAGGCGGGGAGCGCGACGAACUGGAUCGGGGUUUUCGACCCCAAGGCGAAGGCCUACAAAGCCUUCCGCGGCCUCACGCUCCUGUUUGGGAACAUUCACUCCGUUACGGAGUGGUUGAUUGUUGGGCAGUUUCUGGCCUUCUGCGUUCGGUGGCUUUUCUGCGUGGCCUUGAUCAUCUAUAUAGAUGAUAUGACCGGCACGGCGCCCCGCAGGGUUCGCCGUCUCCUGAUGCGCGCCAUUGUGUACAUGUUGGAGGUUUUGGGUUUUCCUUGGAAGCCGAAGAAGGUCAAGUGGGGGCGCACCGCUUUGCGGGUUUUGGGCUUGGAUUUUGACGUGUCGCAAUCGCCUCCCACGAUGCAGUUGUCGGAAGUGAAGCGCGCCACCCUUCGGGCGGCCCUGGUUGAAGUCUUGGGGGCGGGGGAGCUCAGUCCCGCGCGGGCUUCCACCCUUUCCGGGAAGUUCCUUUUCCCCUUCUCACUGCUGGUGGGCCGGCGUCUAAAUGGCUUGCUGAAGCCGGUCUUUCGGCGUGGAGGUUUGUUUCAUUCUCGCGCCACCUGCCUUCCCUUGGGUUCCGGUUGUGCGGCGAGCUUACGCUUCAUGGCGGCCUGCCUCCCGGUCCUUCCUCCGAUUUCCUUCUUACGAGUGGGCCUCCCGGUGGAGGUGUGCUACUCGGACGCGAGUUGGAAGCGGGGGCGAGGUAUUCUCGGCGGGGUCCGUCUUCUGCAGGAGGGUGCCUUCCAGGCGUUCCGCCACCCGGUCUCGCGGGCGGAUAAUUUUCCAUCCGCCUCUUGGGGGUCUUUCCCGAUCAACGUGUUGGAGAGUUUUACACCGGUCAUUCUGUUGAUGCUCUGGGGCCCGACCUUGUCGCACAAGCGGGUCGUAUUCUUUCUGGACAACACCACUGCGGUGGGGGUUUUGCGGAGUCGAUCGGGCGAGCGCGCUCACCUGUCGGUGGUAGCGGCUUUAUUUUGGAGUUUGUGUGCCCGUUUUGCCAUAGUGCCGUACUUCGAGUGGCUCCCCUCCGGGGAAAAUGUUGCUGACGCGACUACCCGCGAUGCACUUUGGGCGCAGUUCUGUCGGGUGGCUAGGGUGCAGCUUCAUUCCUGUGUCGCUUUGGGGGAUGAGAUUCAGAGGUUCCUGACCACGGUGGCGACCCCGCUUGAAGAUCCUUGUGAGCUGCUGGAUUCUAUUCCGGCUGAGGAGUUGCUGGCUCAAGUUUGAGCCACUCCGCGAUGUUUUUUGCGCUUGCCCUGUACCCUUUUGUUUUGAGAUCCGCCUGUGGACUCAGUGUGCAGAUGUUUCUGGACGGUAUGACGUCUCUUCUUCAAAUACAUUUUCCACCUUUGGGUAUGCGAUUUACUGCUUCGCGGGCCCAGGCUUGUCAUGUGAUCCCACUCAGAAAACAGUGUUCCCACUUCUACCACUGGCGGUUUUGUUUGGGUUUCUUCCCGUGUCUACUUGUCCCUCGCUUUGGGAUUUCGUUUGUUCCACUUCGGCGUAGGGCCUUGCCGAGGGCAAUUGGGGCGGGGCUGGGUCUCCCCUCAUUCAACCACCUGCUGUGGGGUUCUGAGGGGUCUUGCCCUGUUUGGCAAGGUGGUGGUGAGGCGUGCUGGGCCUCGGUUUUGGGAGGUAGGCCCAGGACGCUUUACCCAGCCCCAACGGCGCGGUCCAACGGGCCGCUCGGGUUUAGGGAUACCACAUGGAAGGAACGAAACUAAAGACAUAUCUACCUCGGUAGAUCCUUUUCGUGUAGUAACUGGGAUUUGGGGUCCCCCGUUCGCACUAUAUCGGCUGGCAGAUCCGUAGAAGCUAUUGCACGUUUGCGAUCUCCUCCCCUAGAGUGGGGAGGAGCGAUGUAGAGUCAUCGAUAUGUGCGUCUGGGGGACGUAGGUUUAGGUGAAUUCUUGCCCCACCCCCCCACCCGAGUGGCCGUAUACGUCGUGCCGGUUCGUCCGGACAGACGUUUGGUGGUGAGGCGUGCUGGGCCUCGGUUUUGGGAGGUAGGCCCAGGACGCUUUACCCAGCCCCAACGGCGCGGUCCAACGGGCCGCUCGGGUUUAGGGAUACCACAUGGAAGGAACGAAACGAAAAGACUCGGACGUUAAAUUUUAUGGAAGAAAG